ACCCUCUUGGUCUGUACCUGGGCUCUACUAGUGUCACUCCUAGGCCGAGAUCGCGUGGCGGGACUGCGCUGUGGCAAGGCCCCCGUAGAGAUCUGAGGCCUGGCUCCCGUAGUCCUCCUGCCGCCCUCCGAGUCCCAACCGGUAUCGCUGAAGCCUACCUAACCAGUCCGCAUCGCCCACCGCGCCGGCAGCACUUCCCGCCGAGGCGCUUUCGAAGCCGCCAAUGGCCGCUCGGGCCCCGCCCAGCUAACAAGGUCUCCGCACUGCUUCGGCUGCCCAGGGGCUGCGGCUGUGGGCGCCGGAUGGAAAACGCUCUGGAUCCCCAGAGUCGCUCUACUUACGGACAGGAUCAGGUCUGCACCUACUCGUCCUCCAAACGAUGCAUCCUGACUUGUCUCCACACUUGCACACUGAAGAAUGCAACGUCUUGAUUAACUUGCUUAAGGAAUGUCACAAAAAUCACAACAUUCUGAAAUUUUUUGGUCAUUGCAACGAUCUUGAUCGGGAAAUGAGGAAGUGCUUGAAGAAUGAGUACAUGGAGAAGAGGAACAGGAGCAGGGAGCACGGCGCUGCGAUGCGAAGCAGGCUUUCUGAUCCUCCAGAGGAAACUGGAAGAUAGGCUCACUGGAUGCCUCGGCUGGGAGACCUGAAGGUGGCCGGUAGCUGAAAAAAAAUCCCUUCCUUUUGGCCUCUAGGACCCUUUGAAUGGAAAGCACUCUAUGAAGAACUGAGCCGUGGAGAAUCAGGAGAACAUGGGGUCCGGGACUUGCUGAACUUUAAUGCCAUGCACUGUGCCUCUGAAAGUUUCCUCCACUGCUGCCCUGAAUCUGUGUCUACCCAGGCCUGACUCGCCUCCUGCAAUAAAGGCUUAGCACAG